AUGGUGGAGACUUUCGAUAGAUUUUUUGCAUCUGAAGAUGGACACAAAGUCUACAGAUUACAAUUGGAAAUAGAAAAGGGAAAAGGAACACUCAGAGUGCUGACACAGAGCAGCUUCUACCGCACCAACAGCUACGACAGGCACGGAGACAGCAACCUGCCCUUGGCGAGCACUCUGACCUUCCGACGUCGGUGGUCCCAGGACCACGCCGACAGCUAUGACAGGAAGCAGAACUUCCGAGCCUCCACUUUCCACCCAUUCGCCCAGGAUCCGCUGGACGGGAUUCCACCCUCGUCCGCCCUGCUCUGCGCCGACACCUCUUCCAGCCUGAACUGCAGCCUCAGCCCACAGGAACACCACUGUUCGGAAGGCUGCCGUUAUGGUUGCCAUCCCUCACAGACCCUGCCACUUGCCUACAAGUUUGUCGUGGAGCUAUCCAAUAGGACCCUAGCGUACCACCUUCUCAGCUAG